CAAAGCAUGCUGGACCAGCUCAACGCCCAAAAUGGCGGCACGAUUGAAAAGUUUUGCCUGUUUUAUCCGAGUUUGUCUUCUCAACAGACUAUUUCUUUAGUCGUGUUAGCGGCAGUGAAGCGUACAGUUUUCACACGGGUGGCACGCCGACAUUUUUUUCUAACGGUUGUGGAACGAGUCAAAAAUCAGGAUGGCGUUUUGCUAUCAGCUCAAAUUCGGGCAUCACUUUGCCAAUGCUAGGCUAGGCUAAGCUAAGCUAGGCUAGCAAGCUAACUACUUUCAGAUGAGUGCUGGUUAAAAAAGCUUCGGUAGUUAUGUCUUGUCUCACCUGGGUGUCCACGCUGAACUGAAUAUGAAGAAGAGGACCUUUAAAUAGAAAUGGAGGAUGAUGUGAAAAAAGUGAAAAAGCCUGGUAUCGUGUCUCCAUUCAAGCGAGUCUUCCUGAAAGGAGAGAAGGGGAGAGACAAGAAGGCCCAGGAGAAGGCCACUGAGCGCAGGGCGCUCCACACCUUCUCGCUCUCUCAGCCUGACCACCGCAUCGACCCUGACAUCCUGCUUAAUGACUACAUUGAGAAGGAAGUCAAAUACUUGGGGCAGCUGACAUCAGUUCCAGGAUACUUGAACCCAUCAAGUCGCACAGAAGUGCUGCAACUCAUCGACAAUGCAAGGAAGUCCCAUCAGUUGGCAGGCCAGCUGACAACAGAGCAGGAUGCAGUUGUGAGCUUGUCAGCGUACAACAUAAAGCUUGUACGGCGCGAUGGGGAGGACAUCAUCCUGAGGGUGCCCAUCCAUGAUAUCGCUGCUGUCUCCUACAUUAGGGACGACUCUUUGCACCUUGUGGUGAUCAAAACAGCCCAGGAGUCGGGAGGUUCUCCUUGCCCUAGCUCGUGUCCCGAUCUCAACAAGUCUCAGACCCUGAGCUCCUUGUCAGAGAGCGGAGCUGUGCUGGUGGAAGUCUGCUGCCUGCUUGUGCUGGCUGUGGAUAACAAGGCAGCAGCAGAGGAGCUGUGUCUCCUGCUCAGCCAGGUCUUUCAGAUCGUUUACACAGAAUCAACCAUCGACUUCUUGGACAGAGCCAUUUUUGAUGGAGCAACUACGCCGACCAGACACCUCUCUCUGUACAGUGAUGAUUCUUCAAGCAAAGUGGAUGUUAAGGAGGCCUUUGAUGCAGAGGCCAGCACAUUUCCUUUCCCGGGCUCUAUGGAGGCAGAAGGAAACUCUCCGUCAGCAUCCACCCCAGCAACCCCUCAGACGAAGACCGCGAGUGAAGGAGAGCUCAGCACCACUGCUGCAGAGCUGCUGCAGGACUACAUGACCACACUGAGGACAAAACUGUCAUCACAGGAGAUCCAGCAGUUUGCCACCCUGCUCCAUGAGUAUCGUAAUGGUGCUUCCAUCCAUGAGUUCUGCAUUAACCUGCGACAACUCUACGGGGACAGCAGGAAGUUCCUUCUACUUGGCCUGCGUCCCUUCAUACCAGAGAAGGACAGCCAGCACUUUGAGAAUUUCCUCGAGACCAUUGGUGUGAAGGACGGCCGAGGCAUCAUCACAGACAGCUUCGGUCGCUACCGGCGCACAGCCAGCUCCGCCUCCGAUUCCACCACCAACGGCAACGGAGCAGUCGGAGGCAGCGCCGCGUCAGACGAAGGCCAGGAUGCUUCAGAGGGAGACGAAUGGGAUCGCAUGAUCACGGACAUCAGUAAUGACAUCGAAGCUCUGGGCUGCAGCAUGGACCAGGAGGGAGUGACGCCCUGACACGGCGGACAAAGGGAGGUAUUUUUCCCUCAGAGCUGACGACACAUAAUGAACAGUAGGCAUCAGCUGGACGGAUCAGAUGAAGGUGGUCCUGAGCACUGACCUACGAUUUCGGUUAAUUGUAUUUUCCUCUAAUUAUCAAGAGGACGCUCCAUAGUCCCUACGCACUCAAGGAAAACCUCAACCUAUUACCACAAAAACAUGAAGUCAACAAUUGCACUUAAGCAGACCCUGAAGAUGACAUGCGGUGUUGGCUAUUUUUGCAUCUCAGAGGGAUUCGUAGCCUCUGAUAUAUUUUUUAAAGUUUGAUUUUGUACUCGUUUAUUGGCAGUAUCUGCCACGGCUGUCAGCAAUGUAGCGGAAGAGAAUAUUCCAGUCUGUUUUGAAUACCCUCAAAGACUCUGGAGCGUCAACCAGAGGACUGUGUACAUGUUUAAGAAGGUUAAGACUGAGGCUGUACUUGUUUGUGCUUUUCUAUCAUUAUAGGUCAAUCAGCUUCAUCCACCAGGUUUUCCUCAUUUAUUUCACAUUUCGUGUGUCGUUGUGAGAGUGUAACAUUUUGCUUUAUAUAUAAUUUUGUUUUCCAGUAAGAUUUGUGUACCACUUUGUUUUACACUAUCAUUUUUUUGUUAUCAGUGUUUACUCAUUUAUAUAUUUUUGCCUUACUCAAACUGACCAAGGAAAUGCUGUAAAAACAAAACUUCUCAUUCAGUUGCAGCGACUGAGUGGGGACUGUGUUUGACAAAGCCAGUUAGGUUAUGGCUGAUGUAAAUUUAUGGUUUUUGUUCCUCUCCUGCAGGUCAUCUUGUUAUGUCUUGUGACAUCACAUUUAUCUGUCAUUGUGCCUUUACACUGCAGUACUGCUGCCAACUGUCUGUCACACACGGACAGGUAAUUAUGAACUGUAACUACAGUUGUUGAGCAAAUCAUGGUUAUUAAAUAACAGCUACUUUA